AUGGCCUUCAAUGACCUCCUGAUGCAGGUGGGGGGCGUCGGCCGCUUCCAGCAGAUCCAGGUCGCCCUGGUGCUCCUGCCCGUUCUCCUGAUGGCCUCCCACAACACUCUGCAGAACUUCACCGCUGCCAUCCCCACCCACCACUGCCGCCCACCUGCCAACACCAGCCUCAGCAAGGACAAGGGCCUGGAGGCCUGGCUGCCCCGGAGCAGGUCAGGGCAGCCCGAGUCCUGCCUCCGCUUCACCUCCCCCCAGGCGGGACCUCCCUUUCCCAAUGGCACAGAGGCCAACAGCACGGGGACCACAGAGCCCUGCACCGAUGGCUGGAUCUACGACAACAGUACCUUCCCUUCCACCAUUGUGACUGAGUGGGACCUUGUGUGCUCCCAGAGGGCCUUACGCCAGCUGGCCCAGUCCCUGUACAUGGUGGGGGUGCUGCUCGGAGCCAUGCUGUUCGGCUACCUGGCAGACAGGCUGGGCCGCCGGAAGGUACUGAUCUUGAACUACCUGCAGACAGCCGUGUCAGGAACCUGCGCAGCCUUUGCACCUAACUUCUCCACCUACUGUGUCUUCCGGCUGCUCUCGGGCAUGUCUAUGGCUAGCAUCGCCCUCAACUGCAUGACGCUGAAUAUGGAGUGGAUGCCCAUCCACACGCGGGCCCAUGUGGGCACCUUGAAUGGCUAUGUCUACAGCACGGGCCAGUUCCUCCUGGCCGGUGUGGCCUAUGCUGUGCCCCACUGGCGCCACCUGCAGCUGCUGGUCUCUGUGCCUUUUUUCGCCUUCUUCAUCUACUCCUGGUUCUUCAUAGAGUCAGCCCGCUGGUACUCCUCCUCUGGGAGGCUGGACCUCACCCUGAGGGCCCUGCAGAGGGUGGCACGGAUCAAUGGGAAGCGUGAAGAGGGGGACAAGCUGAGUAUGGAGGUGCUCCGGGCCAGUCUGCAGAAGGAGUUGACCACAGGCAAAGGUCGGGCCUCGGCCAUGGAGCUGCUGCGCUGCCCACCCCUUCGCCACCUCUUCCUCUGCCUCUCCAUGGUGUGGUUUGCCACUAGCUUUGCCUACUACGGACUUGUCAUGGAUCUACAGGGCUUUGGGGUCAGCAUCUACCUAAUCCAGGUGAUCUUUGGUGCCGUGGACCUACCUUCCAAGUUUGUGUGCUUCUUUGUUAUCAACUUUCUGGGUCGCCGGACCGCCCAGAUGGCCUCACUGCUGCUGGCUGGCAUCUGCAUCCUGGUCAAUGGGGUGAUACCCCGCGACCAGAUCAUUGUCCGAACCUCCCUUGCUGUGCUGGGGAAAGGCUGCCUGGCUUCCUCUUUCAACUGCAUCUUCCUGUACACUGGGGAGCUGUACCCCACAGUGAUCCGGCAGACAGGCAUGGGGAUGGGAAGCACCAUGGCCCGAGUGGGCAGCAUCGUGAGCCCACUGGUGAGCAUGACCGCCGAGCUCUACCCCUCCAUGCCCCUCUUUAUCUAUGGCGCUGUCCCCGUGGUGGCCAGCGCUGUCACUGCCCUCCUGCCAGAGACCCUGGGCCAGCCACUGCCGGACACAGUGCAGGACCUGGAGAGCAGGAAAGGGAAACCGAGCCAACAGCAGCAGGAGCAGCAGAAGCAGAUGGUUCCACUGCAGACCUCAGCACAAGAGAAGAAUGGACUCUGA